GACGUUUGACCUCGCGUGGCGUCGCAGGGGCCGACGGGAGCGGCGGCCGCGCUGAGAGGGGCCAAGAUGGCGGCUGCGGCGGGUUCUGUGAGCCGGGCGGUGCUGGGUCCGCGGGGCGCGGGACUCCCGGGCGCACGGGCCCGGGGGCUGCUGUGCGGCGCGCGGCCCGGGCAGCUCCCGCUGCGGACACCUCAGGCAGUGUCCUUGUCGUCGAAGUCUGGCCUGUCCCGGGGCCGGAAGGUGAUGCUGUCGGCGCUGGGCAUGCUGGCGGCAGGGGGUGCAGGGCUGGCCGUGGCUCUGCAUUCCGCUGUCAGUGCCAGUGAUCUGGAGCUGCAUCCCCCCAACUAUCCCUGGUCUCACCGUGGCCUCUUCUCCUCCCUGGACCACACCAGCAUCCGGAGGGGUUUCCAGGUAUAUAAGCAGGUGUGCUCGUCCUGUCACAGCAUGGAUUACGUCGCUUACCGCCACCUGGUGGGCGUGUGCUACACAGAGGAGGAAGCCAAGGCUCUGGCAGAGGAGGUGGAGGUGCAGGACGGCCCCAACGAGGACGGGGAGAUGUUCAUGCGGCCAGGGAAGCUGUCGGACUAUUUCCCCAAACCGUACCCCAACCCUGAGGCUGCCCGCGCUGCCAACAGUGGGGCUUUGCCCCCUGACCUCAGCUAUAUUGUGCGAGCUAGGCACGGUGGCGAGGACUACGUCUUUUCCCUGCUCACGGGCUACUGCGAUCCUCCCACUGGGGUGUCGCUGCGAGAAGGCCUCUACUUCAACCCCUACUUCCCCGGCCAGGCCAUUGCCAUGGCCCCCCCCAUCUACAAUGAAGUGCUGGAAUUUGACGACGGCACCCCAGCCACCAUGUCCCAAGUGGCCAAGGAUGUGUCCACCUUCCUGCGUUGGGCCUCCGAGCCAGAGCACGACCACCGCAAGCGCAUGGGGCUCAAGAUGUUGAUGAUGAUGGGCUUACUGCUGCCCCUGGUGUACGCCAUGAAGCGGCACAAGUGGUCAGUCCUGAAGAGCCGGAAGCUGGCGUAUCGGCCGCCCAAGUGACCCUGCUUGACACCUGCUGCCAUCCCACCUGAACAGGCCCUUGCACCCAAGAGCCACCCUGGGACUGGUCAGGCCUCAGCCGGGCCACCCACCCAAAUCCCUCUGCCUCUGGGACAAGAGGGGAGGGGGCAGGAGACCAGGCUCUAGCUCCCGUUCCUCCUCAGCUCCCCUCAUGGGAAUAAAUUAAGUUUCUCAA